AUCUCUAUUGUGCCCCAGUUACUAACUGACCUGUUAUACCCAUAUUAAACUAUGACAAUGUAGUCCCCAAUGAUUUUCAUGCUCUUUAGAGCCAUUGACACAUUUCCGUGCAGCUUUGAUGGAAAUCGUGGUUUGUGUGGGAAACAAAUCAAUCUGGUAUGCAAAGAUGCCCCUGGGGAAUCACCAAAUUCCCAAUCUCCAAGCUCAGAGCAAAAUCAAGGUGGAAAGAAGAAAUACUCUGGUAGGCUACUUAUCAGUGCAUCAGCAACUGUGGGUGCACUUCUUUUGGUGGCUCUCAUGUGUUUCUGGGGUUGCUUUCUUUAUAAAAAGUUCGGUAAACAUGACAGUAAAGGUCUUGCAAUGGAUGUUACUGGAGGUGCAUCAAUUGUAAUGUUUCAUGGAGAUUUGCCAUAUUCUUCUAAAGACAUAAUUAAGAAGUUAGAGACUUUGAAUGAUGAACACAUAAUUGGUGUUGGUGGCUUUGGAACAGUGUACAAGCUUGCAAUGGAUGACGGCAAAGUAUUUGCAUUAAAAAGAAUUGUAAAGAUGAAUGAGGGGUUUGAUCGUUUUUUCGAGAGGGAGCUAGAAAUUCUUGGAAGUAUAAAACACCGGUACCUAGUGAAUUUGAGGGGCUAUUGCAAUUCUCCCACAUCAAAGUUGCUAAUCUAUGAUUUCUUAUCUGGUGGAAGCCUUGAUGAAGCGCUUCACGAAAGAUCUGAGCAGCUUGAUUGGGAUGCACGAUUGAAUAUUAUUUUGGGAGCAGCAAAAGGCCUGGCUUACUUGCAUCAUGAUUGCUCACCUAGGAUCAUACAUCGAGACAUAAAGUCAAGCAACAUUUUACUUGAUGGAAGUCUUGAGGCACGCGUAUCUGACUUUGGACUUGCCAAACUGUUGGAGGACGAAGAAUCGCACAUUACAACAAUUGUUGCGGGAACAUUUGGUUAUCUGGCUCCCGAGUAUAUGCAAAGUGGCAGAGCAACUGAAAAGACUGAUGUUUAUAGUUUUGGGGUCCUUGUGCUUGAAGUAUUAAGUGGAAAACGACCCACAGAUGCAUCAUUUAUCGAGAAGGGCCUCAACAUUGUUGGCUGGUUAAAUUUUCUGGUCACAGAAAAUAGGCAAAGGGAAAUUGUUGAUCCACAGUGUGAAGGGGUGCAAGCUGAAAGCCUCGAUGCCCUGCUUUCUGUCGCCAUUCAAUGUGUUUCUUCAACUUCAGAAGAUCGACCCUCUAUGCACAGGGUGGUCCAGCUGCUUGAAUCUGAGGUCAUGACACCAUGCCCUAGUGACUUCUACGAUUCCAGCUCUGAGUAAAAAGGCUUUGUGCAGAUGGCAAGUCUGAAUUUGCGUUUACAUCGCUGUUGUAUCAGAUAUGUAAUGCAAACAGUGGAAGGGAAUCAGAAUCUGUGAAGGUACAUUAGCCAAUUCAUUCGUUCAUUCUUUCUUCAGAAAGACUACAAUUAGAAGCUGGCAUGCACAUCUGUUGUCCACAUUGCCUUUGUUCAGACAUCGUAUUCAUCAUCAACGAGAUUCUGGAUGCAAUUUGCUCCUCUUGUUCUCCUUUUGUGCGGUUGCGUUCAAACUCUUGUAAUUCCUCUUGCCCGUUCACCAAAAUUAAGUGUAUAUGAUAUUUAUACAAAUAGGUCACUCUGCAAGUGAUUCUUGUUGAUGCCAUUUUUGUAAAAUAUGAUUACGUGACAAUAAACAGUAGGAUGUAGGAGCACCUGCGCCCGCUGUUUUUCUUUCGUUUGUAAUAUUAUGUUCCCCCUUUCA